AGUGAUUGGCAUGACAGGGUCGUCUUGUACUCUUCAUAUAUAGAUAUAGUACCAUGCCACUCUACGUUGUAAUUGCCAAGAAUUUUGUUCUUGAAUCUUUUUUUUUAACUCUCGUCGUUGUCUUUGAGCUCCACGAUAAAGUAGUUUCAAGGGAACUAGGACGACAAAAUGGGAAAACUUUUCAAUAUCUCGUUGGCGGUGUUUGCAUCUACUGGAUCGUUUCUUUUUGGUUACGAUGCAGGUGUUAUGACAGAUGUGAUAGCCUCUCGAAACUUCCUCACCUUCUUCAACACCACACAAGAUUCUUCUAUUAUCGGUGCCAUCAACUCAACCUUCAAUGGUGGUGCUGUGUUUGGUGCCCUUCAGGGCGGUCUUACUAUGGAUCGAUAUGGACGAAGAAUUACGAUCUUCAUGGGUGCAUUGAUCUGUCUUGUUGGAGCAGUAUUACAAACUGCUGCACAGAAUCUGGCCAUGAUUCUCGUAGGUCGUAUAUUUACAGGUUGGGCGGUCGGUUUGCUCAGUAUGGCUGUACCGGUUUACAAUGCUGAGUGUGCGGACCCGAAAAUUAGAGGAUUGAUUGUGGGAUUGAGUCAACAGAUGAUUGGAGUGGGUUUUAUUGUAUCAACUUGGGUAGGAUAUGGCUGUGGUGUUACAAAAGACAGUCCUAUUCAAUGGCGAGUACCACUCGCUGUACAAAUGAUUCCUUGCAUCAUCCUCGCUUCUGGUAUUCUCUUCUUCCCCGAGUCGCCUCGUCAUCUUAUGGAAACCGAUCGUGAAGAUCAGGCAUUGGCGAUUCUAAGGAAAUUGCAUUUUACCGGUUCGAAUGAUGAAUUCAUCGUCAGGGAAUUUAACGAAAUCAAAGAAACAAUUGCAGCAGAAAAGGCAAUUACGGUACCAGGAUGGAGAGUCAUGUUUACAGUGCCACAAUGGAGAACAAGAUUGGGUCAUGGAGUUGCUGUUCAAGCAUUUACUCAAUUCACUGGAAUUAACGUUAUUGGUUACUACCAAAAUACCAUGUACAAGGCGUUGGGAAUCACUGGAAACAAAGCUCUACUCGUCUCUGGAAUUUACAAUUGCAUGGGACCUCUAGGCAAUCUCAUCUUCAUCACCUUCAUGAUCGACCGAGUCGGACGUCGCAAGCCACUCCUCUGGGGAACCGUCGGUAUCACCAUCGCUCUUGUAUGCCAAUCUAUAAUUAACAGUCGCAUUGAUCCCGAUAAUGCACAGCGCGGUCUCUCCAUCGGAGGAGUCUUCUUCAUUUUCUGCGUCACAGUCAUCUUCUCCUUCUCAUGGGGCCCCAUCUCCUGGGUUUACAUGUCCGAAGUCAUGCCCAUGCAAAUCCGUGCUCGUGGGAAUGCAUUUGCAACCGGUAUUGGUAACUGGCUUGUCGCUACCUUCUGGGCACAAGUUUCGCCUCCAGCUUUGAAGGCGCUGACGUGGAAAUUUUAUUUCCUGUUUGCUGCAUGGAACGUGGUAGUUACUAUCCCGAUCGUAUUUUUCUUCUUCAAGGAAACUAAACAACUCUCCCUUGAAGAAAUCGACCUUCUCUUCGGUGACCGCGCACUCGGUACCCUUCCGGAUGACAUCUCAAAGGGAAUUGAACAUAAUGGGGCUGUUGAGACGGAACACCAUGAAAUGCAUGAUAAAGGUGCAGAUCAGGUUUAGAGAUUGAAGUGGAGUGGCAUGGCAAUAUACCCUGGAGAAAGAAGAAAGAGAUGAGUUAGGCAGCGGACACUUAUCGUGCUUGGAGUUUCAGUAUCGGGAUUCGGCACUGGGUGGUUUUGGUUGAAAGCAGAUACCUUGAUUAUAUUCACAUAGUCAGAAUUGAAAUGAUAUAUAUAUGGACUUGAUUUUUCCUGAAGAAGAGCCGUUUCCUACUGGUAGUGAAGUGCCUCGAAAGCCUCGGAAAUUCAAAUCUCAAGAUUAAU